AUGUAUUUGAUAAAACGAGUGAAGUUCACAACAGUAGGCCACUUCGGGCGAGUGGUGAUGUGGGCUUGGUAUAUAAACUCGGAGAAAUGCUCUCUCCACAUCCACUCAGUCCUGAGCUUUCGAGUCUGUCACAUCAUGGCCACCAAAUUGUUCGUAGCCUUGGCAUGCUUCGCCCUUUGCAAUGCCAAUCCCACAUUUUCAAAUGGUUACAUCUUCCGCAACGGACGUGGCUACUCAGUCGGUCAAGGUUACACGACCAAUCCUGACGGCCAAGUGGUAGGCUCUGCGACUAGCGAUGGAGGCGUUCUUCAAGCCUACGGAAGCGCAUCUACUGAUAAUCAGAAUCAGUUAGGAAGGAACGCCUAUGGCGAACCCUACCCCGGACAAGCUGUAGCUAAGGCGGAAGUAUACGAUGGACCAGAAGCUCGCUCGUAUGAAGAAGCUAAAGCGAUAGCUGAGGCACGAAACACACCAACCUACUACACCGUGGCUGAUCCAACGGUCGUCUCUUACCAACAAGUCUUUGAAACCCCUGCUGAAAUAGUAUAUGAAUAUCCUGGAAACGCUGCCCCAUCAUCUGCUAUUACUGUCGCGAAAACACAAGGAUAUGGCUCAGCUUCUUCAACUUCUCAGAAUGAUCUCGGUUUGACAUCUGCUGCAUCUCAAACAAACGGUGGUUAUGCCAGUUCAGCGGCCAACAAUGCUCUGAAUUCAGCAGUUGUGUCAACUAACUCUCAAGGCAUCGCCUCAUCUAAGGCUAACAUCAACAGCCUCCCAGGCUUUGUCGUUAGCUCUGCUAGAGCCAAUGAACUGGAAAGACAAGGCUGGCGAUUCGGCACUGCUUACAAUCUUCCCAUUCCCGGACAAGCUCAAGUUUACAGCCAAGCCAACGGAGGUUCCGCCAAGUCAACCGCUCACACUGACGGCGUCGUGACUACCGCUGAUGCACAAGGCUAUGGGUCCUCUAAUGCCAACGCUAACUUAAACAGUGGAUACGUCAACUCAGCAGCUAACUCCAAUGGCCUUGGUUACGGUGCUUUCAGAUACAGCGCGGGUAAUCAACUUGGUUCUGCGCAGUCAACCAUUAACAAUGGCUUAGGUAACAUAAAAUCUUAUGCCAAUUCCAAUGGAUUUGGAAACGCCAACUCUCAUGCUGAUAUCAACGAACAGGGCUCUCUUUCGUCGGUAUCAAACUCCAAUGGUCAUGGAGCCGCUAUCGCCAGCGCAAAUUCUGCGCCAAGUUAUGCUGUGUUCAGAACUGACGGAUUCCCAUACGCCUACAGCGCAGGACCAAGCGUCAUAACUCAAACGUCUGGCCAAGGAUCGGCUUCGGCUAGGUCUCAGGGACUUAACUCUGGAUACAGGGUGAUCAACUCUGCUGCCAACUCCUAUGGAUACGGAGCCGCACAGGCCAAUGCUAGCGCAUAA